AUGCAGCUGUUACCUGUAAAUUCCAAGAUGGUGACACACAUUUCGUAACAUUGCUGCGUAUUUUUUUAAACUUUAAAAUAUUCGAAUAAUUAGAAUUUGAAUAGAGUUAACAAAGUAGUAUUUCAACAUAUACUGGAGUAUAUAUAAUUUUUUAUUUGUAAUAAAUUGAUUUUAAUAAAAGUAGUUUUUAAUGAAAAAAGGUUAGUAAAUAUAUAGCUCUGAAGAAUACAGCCUAUGUUUAUGAAUAUUCUUUAUCUUUUUUUAUUGUUUACAGAUGAUGUCAACAAGAUAUGUUUCCUUUAUAUCUGGAAUAAUAAUAGCCUCGUUAACAUGGGCUUUUAGUCUAUAUCUUUAUUCUAAACUUUCUCAAAGUACUAAUACUGUAAAUCCAACAAUGUUAGUAUUAGAGAAUUCAAAGUUAGGAAAAGAAUCUCAAUUUUAUCGUAAAACUUACAACAAUCAAGAUCCUAAAUUCCAUAAUAAUUUAAUUGCUCACCAUGACAAACGAAGUAUGAUUGAUAAAAAUAUUUAUAACUUAAGAAAAAAUAAUUUUAAAAAUAGUGAUAAACUAUUGCAACAAUUACAACCUGUACCAGUAAAAUCUGCUGUUACAUUAGGACAAGGUUUAGAUGAAUUAGGUAUGGUAAGAAACUUUGAUGAUCAACGAAAACGAGAUGAAGGAUAUAAGAAUUAUUCUUUUAAUAUAUUAGUAUCAGAUAAUAUUGGAUUGCAUAGAGAAUUGCCAGAUACAAGACAUAAAUUAUGUGAAGUACAAAAGUACUCCUUCAAUUUACCAAAUGCUAGUAUUAUUAUAUGUUUUUAUAAUGAACAUUAUAUGACACUUUUGAGAUCCUUACAUUCUAUUAUUGAUAGAACUCCUAUAAAUCUUUUACAUGAAAUUAUCUUGGUAAAUGAUUGGAGCGAUGACAGAACUUUACAUGAAAAAAUUAAAGUAUAUAUCAUUAAUAAUUUCAACGAUAAAGUGAAGUUUUUUAAGACAGAAAAACGAGAGGGAUUGAUUAGAGCAAGAAUGUUUGGCGCAAGAAAAGCAACUGGACAAGUUUUAAUUUUCUUAGAUAGUCACAUAGAAGUAAACAAAAAAUGGAUAGAACCACUUCUCUCACGAAUUGCUCAUUCAAAAACUAUCACUGCCAUGCCAGUUAUUGACAUAAUUAAUCCAGAUACGUUUCAAUAUACUGGUAGUCCUCUAGUACGAGGAGGUUUUAAUUGGGGUUUGCAUUUUAAAUGGGAUAAUGUGCCAGUUGGUACAUUUGUACAUAAUGAAGAUUUUAUAAAACCUGUAAAAUCUCCAACAAUGGCUGGAGGUCUAUUUGCAAUGGACAGAGACUACUUUACAAAAUUAGGAGAAUAUGAUGCUGGUAUGGAUAUCUGGGGUGGUGAAAAUCUUGAAAUAUCAUUUAGAAUUUGGAUGUGUGGUGGAAGUAUCGAAUUGAUACCAUGUUCAAGAGUUGGACAUGUGUUUAGAAGAAGGAGACCAUAUGGUACAUUUGAUCAACAUGAUACUAUGUUGAAAAAUUCAUUACGCGUCGCACAUGUUUGGUUAGACGAAUAUAAAGAUUAUUUCUUAAAAAAUGUUAAAAACAUUGAUUAUGGCGAUAUUACGGAAAGGCUAAAUUUACGAAAGAGAUUAAAAUGCAAAAAUUUUUCAUGGUACUUAAAUGUAGUAUAUCCUGAAUUAGCAUUACCAGAUGAUAACAAAAAUAAAUUAAAAGAUAAAUGGGCAAAAAUUGAACAGAAACCAAUACAACCUUGGCACUCUAGAAAAAGAAAUUAUACUGAUCAGUACCAAAUUAGACUUUCUAAUUCAGUAUUAUGCAUUCAAAGUGAAAAAGAUAUUAAAACAAAAGGUUCUAAACUUAUUUUAGCGCCAUGUUUAAGAAUUAAAUCUCAGAUGUGGUAUGAGACUGAUAAAAAAGAAUUAGUACUUGGUCAAAUGCUUUGCAUGGAAGGAAAUGAGAAAAUUCCAAAACUUGGAAAAUGUCAUGAGAUGGGCGGCAAUCAAGAAUGGCGUCACAAAAAUACUAAUAAUACACCUAUAUAUAACAUGGCGACUGGUACAUGUUUGGGAAUAAUGCGGGGAGUGAAAAGUACGCAAAUUAUAAUGGAUUUAUGUACUAAAAGAGAUACAAGCUCUAUAUUAUGGUAUUUGGUACGCUCUAAAAAUUUUUCAAAAGAAAUUAGACAACAAAAGAAGAGUUUGAUUGUGAAGCAAGAAACAUCAUGACAGAAGAUCAAGUUCAUCUUCACAAUGAAUUUCUACUUUGUUUAUUUAAUAAAGUUAGAGGUUUAGCUGCUGCUACACCUACAAGAAAAUUAGAUCGAGAUAAAGCUAUAAAAGAGAAAAGGCUAAGAUUAAAACGAAAAUAUAAAACUGAUAAAUCAAACUUUGAGCCUGCAGAUAUGUAUGUUGAAGUAUUAAGUCAAACUUCAUCACCUGUUGGAGAUGAACCUAUUGGAGCAAAUCGUUCUAGUGCUCAAGAACUUGUACUGCCAGAUAGAACUUUUGUUUUAGCAAGAUUAAUGCUUGCAGCAUGGGAAAAUAAUAUGGAUGGAGCAGAAGAAAAUACUGCACAUAUAGUUAUAGCAGCUACACAAAUUUUUUUAAAGAAUAUUCUUACAGCAAUAUUCACAAGAAGGAAAGGAUAUGCUGUUAGAGAUAGUUCAUUUAUUUAUAAUAUUGGAGAACCAGUACCUAGUUCAUGGAAAAGAAAUUCUACUCAUAUAUUAAAAUCAUCAGAUCAUACUACAACAGAAAUAAUAGAUCCUUAUGGUCAAGUACCUAUGAUAAAACCAAAUAUUGAAGAAGCAGAACAAGCUACAGCUUUUGCUUAUGCAUGUUCUCCACAAACUAUUCCACCUACACUAAAACCUGUUAAUACAGCUGAUUUACAGCAUACACUAAAGAUGUAUAAAAAUCUUGUUAGUAAUCAUACUAUUUAUGCAACUAAUAUGGAACGAUUAUUUACAUAUACAACACAUCCAACAUGGGAAGAUCUUGAAGUUAAGAAAUUAUCAUGUCACCAGCCUAUAAUGUAAAUAUUUUUUAAAGUAAUUUAGGUUAGAAAUAAAUACUUAGACUUACAUAUAUGAUCUAUGACACUUUUUUAUAAAAUAUAUUUUCCUAAUAAAAUUAAUUUCAAAUUAAUUUGAAAUGUCUAAUCAUAUUUUUUUAAUAUUUUCUUUCCUUACAAAUAUUUUGUUUAAUCUUUAUUUCAUUGACACUGAAUAUUUUCUUAUUGAAUUAUUAAUAAUGUAGACUACACUUAGAAGUAUUUACAUUAGAAAGCAUGAUGAAAGCAUGA